AACCCAGCCUUCUUCGCGGCCACAAUACAGACAUCAAGGACCAGCAAAAAACCCUUCAUGCAGAGAGGCCCAGAAUGAUGUCGUUUGGGCAGUCUUUCUGUACCCAAACGCAACGCAGCUAAACAGGUGGGGGCUUACCCGUGAGGCGGUUCGGUGGAUUCACCGCGGCCUAGCUCAGGAACAGCGCAGCACAGGCACUCAAUUCGUCAAUGCAGCCCCCGAAUUGAGUUUGCCUUGAUGCUUCUAGAGCAAUUCGGCAGCGCUUACUCCAUCAAGAGCUCUUGAACUGGAGAAGCUGUCAAGCCGAUUGAAGCACGCCGUCGGGUGUUGCAACCUUUGCCCCUUAUCCAGUCGUCUCCUGUUUCAGACCUGGCGCGACAUCUUCCUGCCGAUUGGUACGAGCCACUGAUCGAGCCAGCCUGAAUCGCAAACGAGUUGCAUGAACAGUGGCACAAUCCAAUGCGAGGGGCCCGUUCGCGCGCGCGACGACAGGCACCUGCCUCCUGAACAGUGCCGGCGCUGGAUGGAUGGAUUUUGAGAUGGCAUUCCCACAAGCCACAGAGUGUGGUUGGUUUAAAGCCUAGUGGUGGCUUGGUUGUUAACCCCCACUCCCUGUCAGAUCGGCCUCUCGGGUCCGGGGUCGGGGCAACCUGACAGCAAUUCCAAGGUUGCAAUCGAUAAGCUUGAAACCCCUCCACGAUGCCACUGUGGCCGUCAUGACUGUCAGCUCUGAGCUCUGGGCAAGGCGAAGAGCAAAGGAGGGAGUAGAACAUCUCGAAGGCCUCCACAAAAAAAGAAAUUCGGACGAUAGCGGGAGGCCGGGCCCGUUCAAUUCGGCCUGACAGGCGGGCCAGGUGAGGACGGCCGAACAGCUGGCCCGGCCGGAUUGAGCUGGCUUCAGUUGGAGAGUGCGGACGGCAAUCAGCGGCAGAUCUGCUCGGUUGAGGUGAAAUUACAUCAUGCUCAAAAGACUGCAUGUCCAGCUGUCGAUUUGGAGCUGCAGGCAUAUUUCCACUUUGCUCCUGCUGCAUCUGCAUUUUGACUCUCCAUCUCAAAUCACCUUGUCUCAAUUUGAGCCCCCCUUGUCCGUGAGACUCACUGCUCACAACAACGUCUCCCAACCCCUGUUUGUUUCGCCCAUCGCAUCCACUCCCGCCUCGUCUCUCCUAAAUAAGCUCGGAUAGCUAAGGGUCCCUGCUUUGCUGGGCAUUUGCUGUACCUAACCUGCCAUACCCACCGCCCUUUUUUACUGGCACCCGCUGCCCAAACGUCAACAAACCUCAUCAUGUCCUCGUCUCCUCACGAGUCGUCAUCGUCUGCAGGCAAUCCUCUCGUGCAGCAGACACUCUCGUUGAUGAGCACCGCAGCGGGCUACAUGCGCCUGCCAGCCAUCGCGACUUCUGGGCUUGCAGCCUUGCUGACAGCUCUCCUGUACUUCAAGCAAAAAGCACUAAUCUACCCGGCCUCCAUCCCCGCCAACGCCCGUACUGACGUCCCCCGGCCGAGCCAAUACCACUUCAGCGACUACGAAGAGCUCAUCAUCCCCACCAACGAUGGCGAGAAGCUCUCGGCCUUUUACAUCCGGGGCCCUCGGCGAAACAACCCUAACUCGGACGUGACCGUGCUUAUGUUCCACGGCAACGCAGGUAACAUUGGUCAUCGUCUCCCCAUCGCCCGUAUGCUCAUCGCCGCCACGGGGUGCAACGUCUUUAUGCUUGAAUACCGCGGAUAUGGCAUCUCCACUGGUACGCCUGAUGAAUCAGGGUUGAACAUGGAUGCCCAGACGGCAUUGGAUUACCUGAGGGAUAGGGCCGAGACGAGAAACCACAAGAUUGUGGUGUAUGGUCAGAGUUUGGGGGGUGCGGUGGGGAUCAAGCUGGUGGCUAAGAACCAGUCCCAGGGCGGGAAGGGAGGGGAUAUUGUGGGGUUGGUGCUGGAGAAUACCUUUUUGAGCAUGAGGAAGCUGAUCCCGAGUAUUAUGCCACCGGCCAAGUAUUUGGCGUAUUUGUGCCAUCAGGUGUGGGGAAGCGAUGGGUUGAUUGGGGGGAUCAAGGUGCCGACGCUGUUUUUGAGUGGGUUGCAGGAUGAGAUUGUUCCUCCAAUCCAUAUGAAGAAGCUCUAUGACUUGAGCAACGCCCCAGUCAAGAUUUGGAAGCCGCUGCCUGGGGGAGAUCACAACUCGAGUGUGAUUGAAGAAGGGUAUUUCGAGGCCAUUGCCGAGUUUAUCAACAGGGUUGUGAGGGAAAGGAGGGAGAAGGACGAGAAGGAUGAGCUUUGAGGUCUACGUCAUGGCAGACGGGACAACAACAGAAACAGUGAGAGGAAACGGAGACACAAAACAUAGUGAUACCCCCCUAACCUUUUUUGCGGAAGAGAGAGGCGAAAGGUUACUAGAUAUACAAAAACUCAAGAGGUACAAGACAAAAAAAAUAUGAAAGAAAAGAUUGGAAC